GUGCUUCUGGUGGCCCCGACCAGGGCGCGCGGCGUCUGGACGGCGGUGCGCCCAAGCCUGGCCGUGAGCACCGUGGACGUGCGGAACCGCGGCGCCGUGGGUCUUCUGGCGGCCAGGUGGGUGAGGUACGUUCCGAUCCGCGAGCUGAGCGACGCGGAGAAGGACCAGAU